AAGACUGGUUAAGUCCCAGUUGAACCCCGAUCUUUCCCCACAACGUUUUUCAACACAACCACGCUCAUCCUCAUCAAAGCUCUCUGCUCUGCUGCAGCAACAACACUCGUCCAUCUCUUUCAGUUCUGCCUUUUACUGUUUCCAAUAACCACCCAACCAGCCGUCACCAUGAACAAGUUCCUUCUUCGCGUUGUUGUUGCCCUUGUUGGCCUUGUGUCUGCCGCUUCGGCCUUCACCACCGUUGCUCCCCGAACCACAGCUUUCAGCUCGGCCGCUGUCGCACCUGUUGCCUCAUCCACCGCCUUGAACGUUGUGGACCCUGCCAUUGCCCAAAUGACUGCCAUGUCCAACCCCGCUGGAUCCGUCUUUUUCUUGGUCUUCCUUGUCUCCAUCUGGGAAUUGGUCACACCAGGACGUUACAACAAGCUUUAAAUUGUUGUUUGUUUGUUGGCCCUCGCACAAGCAGAUGAUGACGAUGAUGACGACAUGAACGGCAGGCGAGAGAGUACAGGGGUGUCGAUUUGUAUUUGUGGUGGUUUGGUACCCUUUUUGUAUAGAGCUACAACACCAAGAGGCAAUCGGCACGUUUCUUUCUUUUUUCUAUAGUGCAGGAAUAAUCACUUCAUAUUAUAGAAAAUUCUUUGCACUGU